AACUCGUAAACAGUAUCUUCCCUCCCUCUCUCUCUCUCUCUCUCUCUCUCUCUCUCUCUCUCUCCCUAAAUCCAACAGAUCACAGUACUGCUUUACACUUUACCGGGAUCUGGGUCUCAUUGAUUUCGGCAAAAAAGCAGAGGUUGUCUUUCACACACCCACAGAGAUCGAAAUUCCACCUGAAACAAAAGUGGGCAUCUUUGAUUGGAUAUUGUCCAAGUUUUGCACACAUUCCCAGACACCACCAAUUAAAGGUCGAAGCUUUAUUGAAAUCCUCAAUUGGGUUUUUGACAUCUGAUCUUGGGCAACCUGCAUUUUCAGAAUCAAACCAAAUUUGGGUUUUGUUUUUGGAAACUGAUGGCUCAUCCGACAAAACAUGGGAUUUGCAGUAAUGGUGUUCUGAGGCUGGUUUUUGUGUUAGUAGGUUUGUGCCUGGUCGGGUACGCAGUCGUACAUCCAACGUUGUACUGGAGCUUUAAGGAGCACAGUUCGUGUCCGCAAUGUCCUUGUGAUUGUUCAACGGAUUUCGCUUCCGCACCUGUAGAUAUUAUCAAUAGCUCAAUUUCAGACUGCGGAAAACAUGAACCAGAAAUGAAAGAGGAGAUGGAGAAGGACAUCAUCGCCUUGAUGUCGGAAGAGCUAAGUUUGCAGCAAGCCGUAGCCAACGAAACCCUGCAACGGGCCGAUGCAGCGUUAAUGGGAGUUAGGAAAGUCUCUUCACUCUUCCAAAAGGAGGCAGAAAAAUGUAAUGUAGGAGUGGAAACUUGUGAAGAAGCGAGGGAGAGGGCAGAAGCAGAACUUGCAGAAGAGCUUAGGCUUUCGGAAGUAUGGGAGAAACGAGCUCAGGAGCUCGGGUGGAACGAUAAAAGAGCAUACUCUUGAAUGACGUCAUCAUGAAAUUUUCGUAUAACCUUUUUCGUUAGUUGUGGAUACGAAUUUUCUACUAACGUUUCAUCGUUUUGAGAAUGAAUUCAUAUUAUCCAUCA